UUGUAAAUAAUAUUUCCUUCUCCGAACGUCUCGUUCCAAUGCUUCAUUUGUUUUGUGAAUGUUUUCCACAGUUUCCGCCCAAUGAGUUCACGCUUCGUGAUUUCAGCGAUCGUGGCGAUACACUGUGUGCACGUAUAGAUCGCUGGCUAUAUAGAAGAGAAUUAUGUAAUUGUAUCGAUGCACGCAUGCUCCGAAUUGGACCUACGCAAUCUGCAUAUCAUCGUCAAUGUUAGAUUAUAUAGAUUUGUACAAUUUCUAAACAAAAUUCCAUGCUUGUCUUAAACAAACUCUGCAACAUUAUGUGGUAGAAGUAUUUUCUCAACAUAUUGUUUUAUCUAUGUGGCUGUUAUCGCAAAGGAAGGCUAUCGGCUGGUUCGUUAUGAAUGAACAAGCGAAAUGAGUGAAUGGAUACUCAAACGCGCGACAGUAUCCCGGCAGGAAAAAAUAUAAAUAACCACGCGGCAUCGAAGCGUGAAUAUCCACGCGAUAAAACAAGCUCGAGCGUGGAAAAAAUAGUUUAUCGAGGCAAGUGGUCUCUCGGUUUCAGCGUCGGCACUGGCACGCGCGCGCGCGCGCGCGAGCGACAAGCGGAAUACCGAAACGGGUUAAAGCUCGAACCACGAACGCGGAACAUGCAUCCGGUUGUUCGCGUGAUCUCACCCGCCCGCCCACCACCCGCGUUCCGCCGGUGGCCGAAUUGUCGCGCCGCGUCUGUCAAAAUCGUAGUGUGGCUGCUCGCGACGGUGGCACACCACGCACGCAGGUAGAAUGUGAAGAGGUGGAAGAGGAAAAGUCGCGCGAGUUUCGUCGAAGAGUGGAGAGAACGAACGCAACACGGGACGUGUUCAGCCGCGCCUGAUCGACGAUUACCGAAGGAUGCAUCCGCGCUCGGGUCGCGCAACCACGGCGACCGGCGUCCAUUCGUUCCACUCGCGAUAACGACGAGGUGCAGGAGGUGACGAGGAAGGAGAAGGGGGUGAGAGCGAGGAGUAGCGACACCGAGGAAACGUGAGGAGCAUCGCCGUCGUCGCCGUCGUCAUCGUCGUCAGCGUAGUCGACGCAGGCAGCAGCAAUGGCCGCCGCCGUCGACGGAGUCGUGGUCGAGCAGCUGAGGACCGAGAUCGAACGGCUGUCGCGUGAGUUAGAUUUGGCCUCCACGGAGAAGAUACAGUCGGCGCAGUACGGACUCGCGUUGCUCGAGGAGAAGUCGGCCCUACAGCAACGAUGCAACGACCUCGAGGCCCUCUACGAAAACACGAAGCACGAGCUGGAGAUCACGCAGGAGGCUCUCGCCAAGUUCCAGACGACUACGAAAAUAACGGCAAAAAGCGGCAUCGAGCAAGAAGAGAGUCUUCUCAACGAGAGCGCUGCUCGAGAAACGUCUCUCCAAUCGCAGAUCAUUGAAUUGGAGACUGAAUCAAAACAGUUGCGUCAUGAAGUGGAACGAGUGCAAGCGGAGCGCGAUCACGCUCUGCAGGAGCGCGAGGAAGUCGGCAAGGAUCACCAACAGGCGGAGACGGAACGUAAGUCGCUGCGAACGGAAUUGCGAGAGUGCCGCUUCCGCGAAACUCGCCUGCUUCAGGAUUACUCCGAACUGGAGGACGAGAAUAUCUCGUUGCAAAAACAGGUGUCCGGUUUGCGGUCCAGUCAAGUUGAAUUCGAAGGUGCCAAACACGAGAUUCGAAGAUUAACAGAGGAGGUCGAGUUGUUGAACAGUCAAGUGGAGGAACUGACGAACCUGAAGAAGAUAGCGGAGAAGCAGAUGGAAGAGGCUUUGGAGUCACUGCAGGCCGAGCGUGAGGCCAAGUACGCCCUGAAGAAGGAGCUGGACCAGAGGAUCAACAGCGAGUCGAUAUAUAAUCUCAGCAAUCUCGCGCUUUCCAUUCGUGGCAUCACGGAAGAUCAGACGAUAUGCAGCGACGGCGAAGACGACUCGCCUGCGCUGCGUAGGAUCGAAGCGGACUUGAAGACGCAGGAACCAGGCACAUCCGCCACCGACAAGCAGGUCGACCUGUUCUCUGAGAUCCAUCUGAACGAAUUGAAGAAACUGGAGAAACAACUGGAACUCGCGGAAACCGAAAAGGCGCACCUGACGCAAAAUCUGCGCGAAUCGCAGUACGCGGUCGAGAAGAGCCAGGCGGAAUUGCAAUCAUUCGUUGCGCGAAUAGUGCAGCUGGCAGCGCAUGUGCAAUCGCUGCAUCAUCUUCACUCAAAAUUGCCGGAGAAGCAAAGUGAAGAAACGACGCUGGAUAAACUCAAUCAGGCCGUUGUACAAUAUCAUCAAUGGAGCACCAUGUCCGCUCGCGAGGUCAAUCAGUUGCAGAAAGAUCUGGCGGAAUUGGAGAACGGUUUGACCGUGUCUGACUCUACGCAGCAACUGAGAACGGAACUGACAAAUCUGAGAAACAAGAUACCCGAGUCAGAGAAGAGCCUUCGAGAAAAGCUCUUAGACACGGAACAAAGGAGCAUGCAGCUCGAAUCGGAUGUGUCAACGCUGUCGAAGCUCACCGCGGAAGCGGGCGGCUUUCUCGAUUCCGCGCAGAAUGACCUGCAGAACCUUUCCGAUGAACUCGCGCAACUCUACCAUCACGUGUGCACUGUUAACGGCGAGACACCCUCGCGGGUGGUGCUGGAUCACGAGAAAUCGGAGAUUGUGCCCGAGAAGGAGGAGGAGAACGGCAAAAUGGAUUGGUGUCGGACUCUCUUUAAGACGGACAUCAAAAUUAAGGACCUGGAGAGUCUCAGCAAGGCAAAGGAGAUUGCGAAACACAUAGAAACCGCGAUGGACCAAAUAAAGCAUCUCCGAAGCGCCGUAGAGCACACGAUCGAACUGUCCAAAGUCAAAGGAAUGCAGUCCAACAUCUGCAACGUUUGCGAAACUUCUGUCAAUGAGAACAAGGCGGAAGUAACGGAUCUGCAAGAGCAGGUUAUCAGGUUAAAGGCCUUGCUGUCCGCUAAACGAGAACAGAUCGCGACACUAAGAACAGUGCUAAAAUCCAAUAAAAACACGGCGGAAGUGGCGUUAACGAAUCUGAAGAGUAAAUACGAGAAUGAGAAGAGCAUCGUUAAUGAGACAAUGCUCAAGCUGAGGAAUGAGCUUAGAAUGUUGAAGGAAAAUGCCGCGACAUUCUCGAGUCUGCGUGCAAUGUUUGCCGCACGCUGCGAAGAGUACGUGACACAAGUGGACGAGCUUCAGCGGCAGCUCGCCGUAGCGGAGGACGACCGGAAGACGCUGAACCAGCUGCUGCGCCUGGCGGUGCAGCAGAAGCUCGGCCUCACGAUGAAGCUGGAGGAGCUCGAGGUCGAUCGGGAGCUGCGCAACACCAGGCGACACGCCGCCGGCGCGAACGGACGCGGUAGGCCGCGACUGUCACAACAGACGAACCGUCCCUUAGGCAGAGAUUUCUUCUAGAAAAUGAUGAAGAUGUGGAGUAAGAUAUUCUGAGAGGAGCAAGGAUUUUGAGAACCUUUUCGAAAAUUUUUCUACUGUUCGUUGCCGGGCCCGUUUUGCGGGGCUGGAAGACCCUAGUGAUAGUCCAUAUACAAUUGACUUCUCCGUUAGGGCGAGACUCAGUCCGCGGUUUCGGUACACCGGUUCAUCGUUUCGUCGCGGUGACGAUUCCGCGGAGCGUAUUUUUACAAAAGAGAUGGACGGACACGACGAGUGAAAAAUGAAGAAAAGGAAACGAUGACGCCGUCCUCACUAAUACGGGAGAGAAUCGCGCUCGGUGAACGAGAAGUAAGGGCUGCGUUUUUCAAGGCUUCGAAAAUGUUCAGUUUCAUACCGUACAGAUUUUGCUCCAUAUCAUAGAGUCUCUUCGGGGAGCUCUGCCUUGCGUUACCACUAUUGUUAGUAGAGAAAUUUAAGGAGUGUAGGAGACUACAUUUUCGUUUAGGAAGCGUCGCUGUUACGCGGGGCUUCGAAUUUGAAUUCAAUGUGAAUUCUACGACAAUGCGCGUUAGCCGUGUUAAAUUGUCAAGUGCGCUAGAUUAACGUGGACGUUCCGUCGAUUGUUUUUAAUUGUACAGAGUCAACAUUCAUACGUUGUAAAUGACGGAUUUAUUCAGCUCUUUUACUACUUCAGCACGCUUAUUUAUUAACGCUUUUUGUAUUCUAACGACUUGAAGAAUAUUUCGUUGAUACUUCGUAUGUAGCAUAAUAAUAAUUAACUCCGGAACGUUUUCGUCAGAUAAAAACACUUUGACACGUGUUAAAAGGAGGAACGUAUGGUGAAAGGAAUGUUUAUCAUUUAUAGGUAGAUAACGAAAGACGACGAAUUUUACAUUACAUACCAUAGAGACAAUAUUAAUACAUUGCGCGUGACCGGUAGCGUUUGUAAUCAAAGUAGCGGAAUUUGAGUAUUAUAGACAAGUAGACUCAAAAAUUUUAAACGGUAGCAGUAUACAAAAACACAUUAUUAGAGACCUUCCUUCCAAGUAGUACAUGUCAGGUCACCCGCCACAGACUGCAAAACAUUCGGAUGCAUUGAUAGUCCAUCUAAAUUGACUUAUUUCGGUCGAUAAUUUAUUUGUGAAAAUCUGUUUUUUCAAUUAAUACGCGUUGUCGCAGAAAUAUUUCUAUAUGCUGGAAUUGGAAUAACCAAUGCCUUUCUGUGCUCAAAAAGAAAUUGUACAUAUUAUGAAAAGCUAAAAAAAUAUUUGUUUCGAUAUUCUAAAAUUGCAUUUAAAAUAAAUCAUACAAAUUUUAAGCCAAAACUUUAUUUUUGUUUUACUUUCGAGCGCAGGAUCGGUUGUUCCAGUUUUCAUGUAUCUAAUGCUUUACUAUUGAAAAUUAUGCAUUUUCACAGUUUUAUUAUUAACCAUAGAACUUGCAAUGUAUUAUACUUCGUAUUUUUAUCCAAUUUUACUUUAAAAAGCGGCCUAAGAGAGGGCUUUAGAUCAUUUACAUUGGCAUCUUGGCAGCUUGUUGAAUCUAUAUUUAUUGUUUAUUACAGUUAAUUAUUUUACUCGAUGCAGCUUACUCAAUGCAGGUUUCAUAUUAUUUGUUAUAUUUAUUUAUAUCUCUACAUGUGUUUUUUACUAUAUCAAAACGCUUUCUAAGGCACUUUCAAUACUUUAUUGACGCAUAAUAAUCGCUGACCUUAUUUGACGAAAUUAUGCACCAAAAAGGUCUUUUAAAAGAGCGCACGAAAAAAAAUACUGAUUACAGUUAUUGAUUAUUUGUUCGUCUCGUAUCUUUGUAAUCGCAUAAUAAUGAUGAGUGUGUUCUUAGUGCAUUUUGCAGGAUGCUCAUUUACUCUAAUAUUCUCUGUAGAUACAUCACACACCUGUUUCUAUUAAUUGUAAAAUUAUAUAUUUAUAUAAUAUUUGAAUUUUGCACUUGUGUGUGCAAAGAGUUAUUGCAAUUAAAAUACUCAACUAUGCAACUUGAUUUUUGAUGAUUACAAAACUUUCAAGCAAUGUUGAUCAGAUUUCACGAAUAUUUUAAAUAUUAUUAUUAUAUUGUUAUUAUAAAUAUUAAUAUUUUGUGAGAUAUAUUAGAAUUGAAGUACACUGAGUAUAAUAGAGCAUCCUGCAUGUAAAUUUAUAUGUAUAUAUAACUUGAUUAAUGAUGUCACGAAUUGUCUUCAAUCAAAUUUGUUAUUAUGGCUAUCGUUCUUAUUAUGUUUAUUAUUAUUAUCAAUUGUAUUAUUAUUAUAGCUAUUGUCUAUUGUCUAUUGGCUUCGUCGCAAUAAGACAAAUAUCUAAAGAGAAUUUAUCAAUCGUUCAUCGAUUUAUCAAUCGAUUGAUCAGUUGUCACUAUUAUAUUAUAUUUACAUCGUGUAAUUAUUGCGCCUGUGUCUACGACGUGUGUCGCGAAUGGAGAGAUCUUAUUUUAUACAACUUUCAAUCACGUUUUGUCCAUGUUCGGAAUAAAGACCUUUUUUUAGGCCUUUAUUUCGUUCACGGUUUAUUUCUUAUAUAGAAUUUGAUUUAUUUGUAUAUCUUUGUCAAAUAAUGCAACGCAGGUUAACACAGUAGCUAUUAAUUUAUCAACAGUCAGCGGCAUUAAUGAGUUCCUAGCUUUUUUAUUAUAACUCCGUCAAUCCUACUUAAUAAUUCUCUAUCUUUUUGUAAAUUUUAGAAUCAAUUAUAAUACAUAUAAAUAGUGAAAGAAAAACGUUUGUUCAAUCAUGCUAUUUUAUUGCGAUACUGAAUUAAUUCUACUCCAGUGAUCUUAAGUAUGAAUUUUCAAGAGCAAAAGUAAAGAAGGAUUUUCGUGGUAUUCGUGCACGCUUAGUUAGACACAGGUCGGGCUAAUUUGUGUCCAUAAACCGAGCCAGUCUCAGACCACCGUCCCUUCCCUUCUCGCCUCGCACCACCGUCGGGAACGAGCCGGACAAAAAGAAAAAUUCUUCUGUUUCUCGAGAAGCUAUCCUCACUAUUUUUCACGAGAAAUUUCGUCCUCGACUCUACCUAGCCGUCCGCACCGCUUCGCGCGAUUGGAAAUGUUAGUAACAAAAAUAUUAGAACAUAAAAAAUCUGUGUCGCAAAUUGUAAUAAAAUCUAAAUGUAAUUUAGAAAUUGCGCAUAAUUAUCGCUAUUUUGUAACAGUAAGAAUCAAAUAACAUUCUAUAAUAAAUUUUUAGAAACAGAAAAAUUAUUCCGUCGAUGAGACGGGUGAUACUUGUUAAAGUUUCUAUGUUAGCAUAUUCUUUCUGUUAAUUCAUUUGUGAAAGAAUUGCGAUAAUGAGGCACAGUUUCCGAAGUAUCGUUAAAAUUGGCGAAUUAAAUGCGAGCGACCAGUCGCGGAAGCGCAUAACUUCGACAACUUUUGCCAAAAAUAAUUCUGUCCUUUCAAGGGCCCAAUAUGGGCUCUUCUGUACAUUUAGCGUCCUUCGUAAAGUUCCUUCGCGUCAUCAAGAGUUGCGUAUUGAACUCUGCGAACUGUUAACGCUAUCUCGCCAGCUAUUGUUCUGAAUUCUCUUUCAGAAGAGGAUUCUUUGCUGUUUUACUCUUGAAAAUUUUUACCCUCCGUGUAUUAUAAAUUUCAAGCGAUUAUUUAUUAUCUACAUUAAUGAUUUCAGUAUCUGGCUAAUCUACAUCUCUCGUAACAUUUCUAUACGAACCGUAUUUCUUGAGAAGGAUCAAAGCGUAUGCAAUCUGCGUAUCAAAUUAUACAUUAUCGAGUACCUAUUUAAGAUUAUAAGCUAGAGAGAAAGAAAUGGAGCGAGUUUGAAAGAGAGAAAGAGAGAGAGAGAGAGAGAAAGAGAGACCAAAUAAAAUAACUUAUCCAAAUUACAUAAAAUAAAAAAGAAAAGAAGAAGAGAAUACAUCGCGAACAAUAAUAUCAGGAUCUGUCCGCCGAGGAUUGAUGAAACAGGACCGAAACGGCGGACAGAUUUGCUCAAGGCUUCCACAAAAGCUCUCAUUGCGUCCCGUCCGGUGAACUUCCCAACGGUGGUGCGCUUAGAUCACGAUUCGUGAGAUUAGGAGUAAAUUGAAGAAAAAAAGAACGGGACUCGAGUAACGAGUUCGAUUAGCUGUAACGGCGUAGGCUAAGAGAUUAAUUGACUGCGUAAUGUGUGCUGGAAUUAUUAUCUCUAGGAGGACUCGGGGAGAUUACUUUCGACGUAAUGAUGCGUGUAAGACGUCCCGACAACGUUGGAUGUGUUGCACUUUAACCGGGUCCAUGUUGCGCUUAUACGAGAUAUUUUAACACUUCAUUCGAGACAUCGUGCAUUAUUAAAAAACUUGUAAUUGUAUUCCUUCGUAAUAACUGACACACAGACUGGGCAACAUUGUUGAGCAUUUUUGCAAAUUUGUCAUUGAAUAAUAUUCUGUAUAUUUUGUUGUGCCAAUUGUAUUUGUACAGGCAUGAUUGUUAAUAUGGUCUACUUAACGUUUGUGCAAUUUUUUCUUGAAUCAAAAGACUCGGCGGAGUCUUGCGCCAAGUAGAUGCAAGGCGAGGCUUUUUUUAAAGAAACACAUGAGAUACAUUUUAGAGAUGUUCAAGUAUUCUUUGAAUCAAGUUACGAGAAAGUAUCGAUUUUUGCACUGCGUUUUGCUGAUCGUAGAUAUUAGUUAAUUACAAUAUACACAUAUAGCUCAAUUAAUUUUAUAUUCCACUGAAGAUGAGUUGCAAUUGGUUUUCCUAAGUUAAUUGUAAUUUCAAUUGUAUAAUACUUAUAUGGACUUGCAUUACGAUUCCUUUAUUUAAUGUAUAUAUACAUACGUAUUGGAUAAUUGUAUCGUCUAGCGUAGAGAGAAACCGAUUUGAUGAGUUACUUAUAAGUUCAGUAUUUACACUGUUCUCUCAAUUGAAAAAAGAAAAUCUCCAAAUCCGGCAGCUUGGCGUUGCCUCGCAUUCGAGCAUGGACCCAGAACAUUGUACAUACUGUAAAUGCACUCUAGCGUUAUGGCAUUAAUGAUACAUUAUGUAAAAUGUACCAACAGAGCGGAGAUUAUAACGAAGGAUUUAUACAUAUAUAUUGUACGUCAACGAGCAUAUAUAUAUAUUAUAUUUUCUCCGUAGUUAUUAUAGAUCAUUAAUCGUUAACGUUUAGGAAAGAAAACCCCAGAACCAGCCACCGUUCAUAGCAACUUCGUGAUUUUUCUCGUACGUUUUAUUGAGAAUUAAUCGGAGCAGGAAUGCCAGUGUUAAAUUAAAUCAGAAGUAGCGGUUAAGUAGAUGUUCAGUGACAUUAUUUGCAAGAGAGUAUUUAAAAAAAAGAACCGAAAAAAAGUAUAAAAAAAGAACAAAAGAAGAGGACAAGAUAUUCAAACCACACUCGUGGUACCUGGAGUUGACGUUAUUAAACAAUGGUACACUAUACGUAGUAGGGAUUCUUUUGUAAUAUAAAGUAAAAUAUAAUCAUUUGUAACAGAA